UCAACCCCGGCUUUGUCUCUACACUAAGUCUCCUCCACAAAUCUUGCCAUUACCUUCCCUAACAUUUAACUUCGUUGUUACGCUUGUAUAAAUUUCAUCAGUUAUCCUGAACUCAGCUUGCGUAUAACUUGUCUACACCCUUAACAGCCAAAACACUAAAUCACAGCCCCCUUCCCCCGAUGGCAAUCCUGUCUCCUUCAGUUUUUCUCAAUUUUCGAGGAGACCAGUUACGCUAUGGGUUCGUCAGUCACCUCCUCGACGCCUUUCAAAGACACGGGAUCAUGUUCUUCGUAGAUAAAAAUGAGCAGAGGGGAAAAGACAUGACAAACCUCUUUGUAAGGAUCGAAGCAUCGAAGAUCGCGCUCGCAAUUUUUUCAAGCAGGUAUGCAGAGUCAAGCUGGUGCAUGGAUGAGCUGGUGAAGAUGAAGAAGUGUGUCGACAAUGGGAGCCUCCAAGUGAUUCCUAUUUUUUACAAGGUUAGGGCAAGUGAUGUGAAUAGGAAAACAGGCGAGUUUGGUGAAAAAUUUUGGGCACUAGCAAGAGUUUCUAGUGGAGAGCAGAUCAAGAAUUGGAUGGAAGCCCUAGAAUGUAUCUCGGGGAAGAUGGGUUUGUCCUUGGGAGACAAAAGGUAGACUCGUGCUCUUUUUUUCUUUCUUUCUUUUGUUUUUAGGGUUUUUUUUUUCUUAAAGUUUUUUUUGGUUUUGACUUUUAUAAGAAGAAAAAAAACAACAUAUAAGGAGAGUGGAAUACAACGACGUUUUGCAUUGUUUAAAGUUUUUAGGGGUUUUUAGACCAGUAUUUAUACUCAUCAACAAUCCCAAGAUUGGGCAUGGUUAACUAAAAUAUGAAAUUGAUACCAAACAAGAACCAAAUCAAAAGCAAAAAAAAAAGGAAGGAAAACAAGUAAGAAAAUUCUGCUGGCUCUCAGAAAACCACAAGAAAAUUCUGAUAGCUCGGAAAACCACCGCCAAAUU